AUGUAAUUUAAUAUUUAAGAACAAAGUGGUUAGCAAAAAGCUUAAGCAGAGAACAGUUAAUUAAUUACGAAAUAAAUAAGUUAAAGAAAAUAUAAUCCUAACAACGAAAAUAGAUAAAUUUAAGAAAAUGUCUUUGAAUAGAAAAAAGAUUUGAUAGAAUAGUUUGUUCCUAAUAAAAGCAUUAGAAAAGAAAUUGAAAUCUUAGAGGAAUGUAUAGUUAGUUCAAUCAGAAAUAAAAAUAUUGAUAAGGAAACAGAUUAAAAUAUUUAAAAAAAUACAAUUAAUAGAGGUUAAAAGAUUAAAGAAAAUGAGAAAACUGAAAGUGACGAAGAAUUUGAUUAUAACAACUUUUUAUCUUACGAUUAAGAAAAAAUUAAAAGCAAAAGAAUGAAGGACAUGAAGUGGAAACAGUUUAAUUUUUCAUAUAAUGUAAGCUGUUUCUUUAAAUUUUUCCUGAUAGAUUAUUUGAAGCACCUUUUAGGGAUUUGCAGAAAUAUCAAAGUUUAAGGAUUAUUAGAUUUAAAGAAUAUUCCUUUACUCAAACCGGACGAGAGAGUAGAAAAUAAUUAUUAGUAAUUAUAAAAGAAUAUGGAAAAAGUUAUUUUAAAAAGAGAAAAGGAAGAUAAAGAGAGUUAAUAUACUAUCUACGGGUGGGCUAUUGUAAUGGCUUUUACAUAAUUUUUCUACAUAUCUGUAGUUCAUCAUUCAGUUCGUCCAUAUUCUGCCUUCUUUUUACAAUUUAAGGCUACCUUUAAUCGAGCUCUCUUCCUUAAAACUUCAUCUCUUUCAUCUUUCUCAAUAAAGGAAGCAAAUAUAGGAAAACUUGUCAACUUAGUGUCUAACGAUUUAAAUCUUCUCGAAGUGAAAGGUUUUUUUAUCAUUACUUUGCUUAUUCUACCUGCCCCAAUUAUUGCAGUAGCUCUUAUUCUCUACUACAGGUUUGAUGGAUUCGCUGUUAUAGGGCUAGUAGUUAUGAUUGGAUAUAUCCCUUUUUAGUUACUUAUUGCUAAAAUAAGCUCAAAAUUUUUUAAAGAUAAGACAGUUUUAGUAGACCACCGUGUUAAGUUUACAAAUGAAAUUAUAGAGGGAAUCCGUUUGAUUAAAAUGUAUGCUUGGGAAGAGGCUUUUUUGCACAUUGUUUAGACUUUCAGAAAAUCUGAGCUUAGAAAAAUAUUUUACAUCCAAUUUAUUUACUCAAUAGAGCGCUCAUUUAGUUUUGCUUCAGGGCUUUUUGCCAGUUUUAUUGUGUUUUUUGUAAUAUAUUAGCAUGGAAAUCCUGGUUCAUUAAACAUUGCAAAUAUGUAUUCUACCUUAGAUUUACUUCUGUAUGUUAAAUAGUAAAUUAUUUCAUCAGCUGGAUCCGGAAUAGUUGGUUUGUUUGAGCUAAAAGUAAUAUUAGAGAGAAUGAUUACAGUAGUUACUAUAAAACCAUCAUAAAUGAUUUGUAUAGAGAAUAUACAUGAUUACAACGGAAGAAAUCUUGAAAAUGGCGAGAUUGAGAUCAAAAAUUUUACUGCUUUCUGGAAAGAUCAAAAACCUGUUUUAAACAACUUAAAUUUAGAUAUUAAAAAAGGAGAGUACAUUGGCAUCGUUGGCUAAGUAGGAAGUGGAAAAUCUUCUUUCUUGAGUUGUAUCGCUAAAGAAAUUCCUAAAUAUUCAGGUUACUUCAGCUUUAAGGGUAAAAUAGCUUACGUUGAGUAAGAACCUUAUAUUUUUAACAAGACAGUCAGAGAGAAUAUUUUAUUUGGUACAAAAUAUGAAGAAAACUUUUAUACCCAAGUGAUAGAAGCUUGCUGUUUGGUAGAUGAUUUCAAGCAAUUUAACUGUGGAGAUUAAACUUAAAUUGGGGAAAGAGGUAUUAACAUAAGUGGUGGAUAAAAGGCUCGAAUCUCUUUAGCUAGAGCAAUAUAUUCAAGAGCUGACAUUUAUUUGUUAGACGAUCCUUUAUCAGCUGUUGACUCAAAAGUAGCUAAAGCUUUAAAUGAUAAAGCUAUUUAAAUAUUAUUGAAAGGAAAAACAAUACUUUUAGCUACUCACUAAAUUGCACUCGCGAAAAAUACUGAUAGAAUAAUUAUAAUGAGAGAUGGCUAUUUUUAAAAUAUUGGAGUUUAUAAUGAUCUUUAGGAAUCUCUAAAAACAAUUGGGCAUUAAAUAUAAAUCUAAGAUACUUAAGCUUAAAGCAAAGAUUAUCAAUUUUUCUAAUAAUAAAUUUUAUAGAAUGAAGAAAAAUAGGAAGAUUUCCUCAAUGAUGGUUAAGAAGAUAAAAUAUAAUAAUACCAAAAUUCAGUUGAAGAAAAAUAGUAAUAAGAAAAUAAAGCAGUGAAGCAAGUUGAAGAAACAAAAAAGAAGAAGGAUUAGCUUUAUUCUAAAGAAGAAGAUGAAAGAAUUGUAGUUAAUUUGUAAACAUAUUUAAAUUACUUUUUAAGCUCUAAAAUAUGGUAUUUAGCUCCUUUAAUAUUUGGCUUAUUUGCUUCAUGUGAGGUCGUUUUCAUAUUCUACUCAAAGACAAUAGGAAAAUAUGGAGAUUAAGAUUUUGAUUAAUUUUACUGCAUCAGCUUACUUGGCUAUUUAUCACUUAUUUACUUUAUAAACCUAGUAUUAAAAUACUUUUUAUUAAAUUUUGUUGCUAAUCGCAGCAGUUUGCACAUACACAACUAAAUGAUUCAGUCUGUUAUUAGGGCUAAAGUUCUUUUUUUUGACAGAACUCCAUCAGGAAGAAUACUAAAUAGAUUCUCAUCAGAUUUGGGAAAUAUUGACUAAGAGUUAAUAAGAGUAUUAAUGGACACAUUUGAAAUUAUUUUCAGUUUUUUAAUAUUAAUGGGUAUUAUUAUUUCUAUUAACCCAUACUUUUCUAUAAUUGCUGUUGUCGAAAUUUUUAUUCUUGGUUUGUACUUAGGAAUUUCCAAAAACGCAAUAAUCUAAAUAAAAUAACUUGAUUUAAUAUAUAGAUCUCCUGUUUAUACAUUCUUUAAUGAGGCCACUUAAGGUGUCUUGCCAAUUAAAAUAUAUGAGAAACAGUAGAUUUUCUCUGAUAAUUUUGAUUUCCUUAUAAAUAAUUCUCUCAGAUCUUCUUAUGCUUUUUGGUUUUGUUAAAGAGCAUUUGCUUAUUAUGUCCAACUAGUUACAGCUCUUUCAGCUAUUAUUGGUAUCUUUAUGCUUCUCUCAACCGAUUAAGAUCCUUCGAUACUAGGACAAGCAAUUGUAUAUUUUCUCAGUAUCAGUGAUAGUAUUUAGUGGGGUUUAAGGUAAAUGAUUCAAACUGGUGUUGUUAUGUCUAGUGCUUAGAGAGCUAUGAAUAUGACUUUAAUUAAUUAAGAAUCAGCAUUGAGGACAGAAUAUGAUAAUAAGGAGUUCAAGAUAACAUAAAAAGACAGAGCAAAAGUGGGAUAAUAUUCUUUUCCAAAGGAAGGGAGUGUAGAAUUUUAAAAUGUGAAAAUGAAGUACAGAUAAGAUCUGAAUUGUGUUUUAAAUGGAAUAACUUUCUCAGUGAAAGCUGGAUAAAAAGUUGGUUGCAUAGGUCGAACUGGUGCUGGAAAAUCUUCUAUUAUUUAAGCUCUUUUCAGAAUGACUGAAAUAGAAUCAAAAAUUGAAAAAUUAGUGGAUGAAGAAUCAAGAUUCAAUUAAGAAACGUGUAUUAAAAUCGAUGGACAUAAUAUUAAAGAUUUGGGUCUACAAACAUUGAGAGGAGGAAUAAGCCUAAUACCAUAAGUACCAUUCAUAUUCUCAGGAACUAUAAGAAGGAAUCUAGAUCCAUUAAACCAAUUUACUGAUAAAAUGAUUUUUGAUAUUUUGUAAGAUAUAAAUUUACUAGAUAAAGUAAAUAGCUUGGAUAAAGGAAUAUAUACUGAUAUGAGCAAUAUUAGUGAGAUAUUUAGUACAGGAUAAAAAUAAUUAAUUUGUUUAGGUAGAGCUAUUCUAAAAUAGAGCAAAUUGAUUGUGCUAGAUGAAGCAACAUCAAAUUGUGAUAUGCAAACUGAUUAGUUUAUCUAAAGAAAAAUUCGAGAAAAGUUCACAGACUCUACAGUAAUUACAAUAGCCCAUAGAUUGAACACUAUUGCAGAUUAUGACAAAAUAAUAGUCAUAGAUAAAGGUGUUGUAAUUGAAAAUGGAGUACCUUAUGAAUUACUAUGUUAAGAAAAUAGUAUAUUUAAAUAGAUGGUAGAUCACACAGGUUAAUAUAAUUCACAGCUUAUCUUAAAAAUAGCCUAAUAAGCAUACAAAAAAAUUAUUAACCAUAAAAAGUGA